AUGCUUUUUCCACCCCGGCUCUCCAGCCCCAGCUCCGCUGCCUCCCGGACAAGCGCUCUCCUGGGCAGGUUGCUGGUCCGCGGCCAAGGGGAGGGCCACGCCGGCGAGGCAGCCUUUGUCCCAAGGGCGGGCUCCCAGCUCCAGGUUGGAGGAGGAAUGGGCUCCAAAGCCAAGGCCAUUGUCAGUCUCCUAGCAGCCACCUGUGUCUGCAGUGUCAUCGCCCUCAUUCUGAGUGUCGUGAAUGUGAAGGAUGUGUUUCUUCCCCCCAGCACCAAGUACGGUCUGGUGUUUGAUGCUGGCUCCACACACACGGCCCUCUACAUCUACCGGUGGCCUGCAGACAAGGAGAACGGCACUGGCAUCGUGUCCCAGGUGGAGGCCUGCUCUGUGUCUGGACCCGGCAUCUCCAGCUACGCAGAGGAGCCCACAGGGGCUGGCGCCAGCCUAAAGCCUUGCCUGGACAAGGCCAUGAAGAUCGUCCCGGCCGAGCAGCAGCGGGACACCCCCACGUACCUGGGGGCCACGGCCGGCAUGCGGCUGCUGAGGGAGGAGAACAGCACCAAGGCCGAGCAGGUCCUGGCCGAGGUGUCCAAGGCCAUUGGGGAGUACCCUGUGGAUUUCCACGGAGCUCGGAUCCUGACGGGGAGCGAGGAGGGCUCCUUGGGCUGGAUCACUGUCAACUACCUGCUGGAGACACUGGUCAAGUUCUCAUUUGCAGAGAGAUGGGAACAUCCCCAGGACACGGAGGUUCUGGGAGCUCUGGACCUUGGCGGUGCCUCGACGCAGAUCACCUUCCAGCCCGGGGUCCCCGUGCAGGACAGGAACACAUCUGUGUUCUUCCGGCUGUACGGCACCAACUACUCCCUGUACAGCCACAGCUACCUGUGCUACGGGCAGACCCAGGCCCUGAAGAUGCUGCUGGCAGCUCUGCACCAGGCCAGCUCGAGUGCCCGGAUCUCCCACCCCUGCUACCCGCGGGGGUACCAGGAGAACCUCACCGUGGCAGAGCUCUACGACAGCCCCUGUGUGCGGGCGCCAAGCUCAGCCAGCCCUGGCCUUGUCCUCAGGGUGACGGGGACAGGGGACCCAGGCGCGUGUGGCACGGCUGUGCAGAGACUCUUCAACUUCAGCUGCGGGGCGCAGUGGCCGUGCGCGUUCAAUGGGGUCUAUCAGCCGCCUGUGCGGGGACAGUUCUUCGCCUUUGCUGGGUUCUACUACACCUUCCACUUCCUGAACCUGACCCACCAGCAGUCUCUGAGUGAAGUCAACACCACAGUCCUGUCCUUCUGCAGGAGGAACUGGACAGAGCUGGUGCAGAGCUUCCCACAGGAUCUGAAGUACCUGCACACCUACUGCUCUGUGGCUAUUUACAUCCUGACGCUGCUGCUCGAUGGCUACAAGUUCAACGAGCACACCUGGAGCAACAUCCAUUUCAGCAGGCAGGCAGCAAACACAGACAUCGGGUGGACACUGGGCUUCAUGCUGAACUUCACCAACAUGAUCCCUGCCGAGGCUCUGCGGCACGUCAAGGGCCACCAACCCGGCCUGUGGGCAGGGGCUGUCUCCUUCCUCGUGCUGGCCAUCGUGACAGGCCUGGUGGCUGUUUUCCUACACUGUUUCUGGAAAACAAAGUAGCUCCCAGUCUCCUGUCUAGAGGCAUCCUGCCCACUAAACCUGGCAGGGAAGUGGUGCAGAAGGGGUGGAAAGUGGAGAAGAAUGAAGGCAUUAGACCCAUCUCCAGGAGAUCUGACUGGGUCAUCUCUGUGAAUGUGGAAGAUGACAAAGAUGUCUUGAUCUCUCUCCAAGAGGAAGAAUCCUUUAAUCUGGCUGCCAAAAGCUGAUUGAGACUUGAUGGCUUGAUGAAGCCAGAAAAAUUCAAACUAGAAAUAAAAUCAGUUUUGUUUUUCAAA